GUGCCAGUCGGCAGUGGACGGUGAGGCCCAGGAGGAGGGGGCCGAGUCCAGGAGGCUGAAGGGGGGCAGCGUACACCAGGCCGGGGACAUGAACCUCUGCUGGAACGAGAUCAAACGCAAGUCGCACAACAUCCGCUCGCAACAGUGAUGCCCCGAUGCCGAGCUUGCAGGCUUAUCGCUGCUGGAUCCUUCACACGCUGAUAAUCCCGGAAAUGAAAAGUGUGCGUAUAGAGGCCAUCUCCGACAACAGUGGGAAGCUGCAGGUCUCCCUGCAGGAGAUCAUCGAAUGGCUGACGGCGAAGGACGAGGAGCUGUCGGAGCAGCUGCCCAUAGGAGGCGACGUGGGGGCCGUGCAGCACCAGCGGGAGUUCCACCAGGCUUUCAUGGAGGAUGUCAAGUCUCGCGGGCCGUUCAUCUACUCAGUCUUGGAGUCUGCCCAGUCCUUCCUGGCUCAGCAUCCAUUCCAGGAACCAGAAGAGACCACGGCAGAAGGCAAAGACGUGUCACCCCACCGGCGGAUCCUGAACGUAAGCCGCUCGGUGUGGAAGCAGGCCAACGUGACGAGCGACCUGUGGGCGAAGCUGAUGGCACGCUGUGUGGACCGACACAGACACAUGGAGAGGACUUUGGAGCAUCUCCUCCAGAUCCAGGCAGUGAUGGAGGAGCUCGCGAUGGCUCUUGAGCAGGCUGAAGGGGUGAGAGAUGCCUGGGAGCCCGUGGGAGACCUCUUCAUCGACUCCUUGCAGGACCACAUAGAUGCCACCAAGCUUUUUAAGCAGGAACUGACGCAGGUGAAGGAGGGAAUGAAGCACAUCAACGACCUGGCUCACCAGCUCGCUAUUUCCGAUGUCCAUUUAUCCAUGGAGAACGCUCGCGCCCUGGAGCACCUCAAUAACAGAUGGAAAGUGCUUCAGGGUUCCAUUGAGGAGAGGCUAAAGCAACUCCAGGACGCAAACCGAGAUUUUGGCCCUGGAUCACAGCACUUUCUAUCAAGUUCAGUGCAGAUACCAUGGGAGCGUGCCAUCUCCCCUAACAAAGUGCCAUAUUACAUCAACCAUCAGGCACAGACCACAUGCUGGGACCACCCAAAGAUGACAGAACUGUACCAAGCACUUGCGGAUUUGAACAACAUCAAGUUCUCGGCGUACAGAACGGCCAUGAAGCUGCGGCGGGUUCAGAAGGCUCUGAGAUUGGAUUUAGUAGCACUGAGCAACCUCGCGGAGGUGUUUCGAGGACAGGAAUUUCAUGAAGCAGAGCACGUGAUGGACGUGGUGGAGAUCAUCCACGGCCUGACGGCGCUCUACGAGAAGCUGGAGGAGGAGAGGACCGUCCUGGUCAACAUUCCACUUUGCGUGGACAUGUGUCUCAACUGGCUGCUUAACGUCUACGACAGCGCUCGCAACGGCAAGAUGCGCAUGCUGAGCUUCAAGAUGGGCCUGGUGAGCUUGUGCAAUGCGGACGUCCAGGAGAAAUACAAAUACUUAUUCCGUCAAGUGUCCGGCACCGCAGGUUUGACGGACCAGCGUCACCUUAGCCUGCUGCUCCACGAGGCCAUCCAAAUCCCCCGCCAGUUGGGCGAAGUGGCCGCUUUUGGGGGCAGCAACGUGGAGCCCAGUGUCCACAGCUGCUUUCGUAUGGCCUCAGGAAAACCUGCCAUUGAGCUAUCUCAUUUCCUUGAGUGGAUGAGUCUGGAGCCCCAGUCCAUGGUUUGGCUGCCUGUGCUCCACCGGGUGACUGCUGCCGAGUCCACCAAUCACCAGGCCAAAUGUUACAUCUGCAAACAAUUUCCCAUCAAGGGCUUCAGGUAUCGCAGUUUAAAGCAGUUCAACGUGGACAUUUGCCAGACGUGUUUUCUAACCGGACGCACUAUGAAGGGCAAAAAGCUGCACUACCCCAUCAUGGAGUACUACACCCCAACGACUUCGGGAGAGAAGAUGAGGGACUUUGCCAAGACUCUGAAGAACAAGUUCCGAUCAAAGCAAUACUUCACCAAGCACCCGCAGAGAGGUUACCUGCCCGUUCAGUCUGUGCUGGAGGCUGACAGCUCUGAGACGCUGUGCUCGUCCCCUAAACUGCCCCACGCAGACACGCACAGCAGGAUCGAGCAUUAUGCCAGCAGAUUGGCGGAGAUGGAAAACCAAAAUUGUUCCUUCUUCACGGACAGCCUUUCUCCUGAUGAAAGUCUAGAUGAAGAUCAGUACCUCCUGCGUCACCCCAGCCCUGCCCUGGACCAGGACUCCCCCUGUGGGCAGCACAUGUUGCUGGCCCACUUGGAGCACCAGGACAAGGAGCAACUCCAGUGCACCCUGGCCCGCUUGGAGAAUGAAAACAGGGUGCUUCAGAGCGAGUACAGGCGCCUCAAGUGGAAACACGAGGAGGCGGCGUCGCUCCCCAUGCUGACCGAAGCCGGUGAGGGUGGCCCGGACUCGCCGGUCGCGGUCGACCAGCAGGACGAGGAGCUCCUGGCCGAGGCGCGGGUCCUCCGGCAGCACAAGACGCGCCUGGAGACCCGCAUGCAGAUCUUAGAGGACCACAACAAGCAGCUGGAGUCGCAGCUGCGCAGGCUCAGAGAGCUUCUUCUUCAGCCCAAAGAAGAUUCAGAGGCCAACGGUUCAGAACCGUCGACCUUGUCCUCGCCAGUGUCUGGAGGGGGGGUCCAUGGGGGGGCGGUCAGCAGAGACACCACUGACACGGAAGCAGCAGGCGACGACAUGGAACACGAGCAGGACACUGUGCUGCAGCUCCAGGAGGUCAUCGAGCAGCUGAGGAACGUUUUCCCCUCCGAACCAGGCCCCACAUCGCACAUCUGAACCCAGCCUAAAAGGACGCCCAUGCGGCCCUGAGGCUGCAGGAGUUCCGCCCGACCCAGUUCAGGUCACGCUACGUCGGCCACCGUGACCGCAGCUAAAGCCUUAACUGGAACUGUGCG